CACACACACACACACACAGAGACAGCGUACAUAUUUUUGAUGUUAUCUCAAAUGUCUCUGAACCUUUGUUCAUUUUUCUCCAUUCUUUUUUCCUUUCUAUCCCUUAGAGUGUAUAAUAUGAAUUUACUUAUCUUUAAUUCACAGAUUCUGUCUUCUGCCUGCUCAGAUCUGCUUUUGAGCCCCUCUAGUAAAUUUUUCAUUUCAGUUAUCAUACUACUCAACUCCAGAAUUUAUAUUUGGUUCUUUAAAAAAUACGUAAUUUCGAUCUCCUUAUUGAUAUUCGUUACCUGAUAAGAUUAUUCUCAUACCUUUUUCUAGUUCUUUGGAUAUGGUUUUCUUUAGUUCUUUGAAUGUAUAUAGAAUAAAUGAUUUAAAGUUUCCAUCUUAUAAGUUCAAUAUAUGGGCUUCCUCAGGGACAGUUUUUAUCAAUUAUUUUUUUUCCCCUGUGUAUGUGCCUUACUUUCUUGUUUCUUUGUGUGCCUCAUAAUUUCUUACUGAAAACUGCAUUUUAAAUAACGUAAUAUAAUACAGCAACUUUGGAAAUAAGAUUCUCGCCCUUCUUUGGAGUUUGUUGUUGUUGGUGUUGCUUCUUUGUGUGCUUAGCGACUUUUCUGAGGUAAUCCUGCAAAGUCUGUAUUUUUUGUCAUGUGUGGUCACUGAAAUUUCUGCUUAGUGUUCAGCUAAUAAUUAGACAGAGGGUGCCUUGAUGCUUGGAACCAAUAAGUCACCUUGUUUUUGCAGAGCGGCUCUAUGUGUAUGUUGGGACAUGCCUUCAACACUCAGACAGGACAUUUGACAACUCCACCUUAGCCUUCCUGCUUGGGCAGAGCCUUAAGCUUAGCCCAGGUUGAGAGCUCAGGACCUUCCUUAGUUUUUUCCUGCAAAUGUGCACAGCCCUAGGCAUGUGUACCCUCCUGUGUGUACAUAUGGCUUUCUAUAUUCCUAGGAAUAUUUCAGAGCCUUUCAAGGCCCUUUAUAGAUAUUUUAUUCCCCCAGAUUUUCUUUUUAAGGUUUUUGGUUAGCCUGUUGUUGUUUUUUUUUUUUUUGCCUCAACUGUUAUCCAUUGUUUUAGGGAGCCACAAAGUCCAACAAUUGUCUCCAGUUGUUUUCAACAAAUACCCUUGAAGAAAAAGCUGUUCACUCCAGGCAAGUUUUGAGACAGGUGAAAUAAAGACAGUCUUGCAAAUGGUAUCUUCCAGGGAACCACUAGACAGGUCAAAUAAUUACAACUCUCUGGGAAUGAGGAUUUGAAGGAACUCCAAGGCUGUUCUACCCCUUCUUGUAGCUGCCAGGCUGCUGGUUUCCAUGGUGAUUGUCGUUUGUUGGUUUUCAAGGCUACUGUAGAGUUGGGGUGAGGGGGCUGGAAUUGUAGCAAGUUAAAAUGCCACAAGGCUCACUCUUCUUACUAAAAUUAUGUCAUUUUUUUUUUUUCUUGAACGAAGACUUCCCAGAUUGCUGUAAACUUUUGAUUAAUUUCCAGAGUUCUGAAAAAUUUGAUUCUCACCAUUUUUGCCAUUUUUCUCAUUGCUUUUAGGGAGGAGGGAAUUUUCAGAGGAUUUGACUCCUACCAUUUUCAUUGACAUUACCUGCAAUAUAUUUUAAAUAUCCUUCUCUGUGAUUGCUUUGUCGCUUCUCAAAACUCAGUUCAAAUGUCUCCUCCAUUGCGAAGCCCUCUUCUUUGUAUCCUCAGGGCAGCUAUUCCUCUAUUCUCUUAUACCUCUUGGUUUAUGCCUUUGUUAUUUCACUUUUCAUAAUAACAGUUAGUUAUAUCUGUUUCUAUCCCUUUUUUCAGUCUGUAAGCAUCCAGUCUUUGACUUGUUCAUCCCCCAUGCCCAGGCUAAUUUCUGACACACAGUAGAUACUCAGGUUUGUAGUCUGAAGAAUAUUGUCCUAGGAUACCUCAGAGCCUAGCCAAGGGCUUCUGAAUUCCAGCCACCAUCUCUCUCCUUCUGCUUCUAUAAUUCACAGCUGACCUCUGUCUCUUCAUUGUCUUAUGUGUGCCCUGGUGUGACGACCAUAAGUUCAGAGUUGACACGCUGAGUGCAUGAUAUAGUUUGGAUCUGUGUCCCAACCCAAAUCUCAUGUCAAAUUAUAAUCCUCAAUGUUAAAAGUGGCCCCUGAUGGGAGGUGAUUUGAUCAUGGGGGUGGGUCCUUCAUGAUCAAUAAACCUUCAUGAUUCAUCAUCCACUUGGUGCUAUUCUCGUGACAGAGUUCUCAUGGGAUCUGGUUGUUUAAAAGUGUGUGACACCUCCCCCGUCUCUCUCAUGCUGUUGCUCCUGCCAUGUUAGAGGCCUUGCUCCCCCUUUGUCUUUCACCAUGAUUGGAAGCUUCCUGAGGCCUCCCCAGAAGCAGAAGUCACUGCUUCCUGUACAGCCUGUGGAACCGUAAGUCAAUUAAACUUCUUUUCCCUAGAAAUUAUCCAGUCUCAGGUAUUUAUUUACAACAGUGCAAGAAUUGACUAAUACAGUGUAUGAGGAAAAUAGGGAGCAAAAAGUUAAAUCCUGUGUGAGUGGUAUUCAGCAACAACAACAACAACAACAACAACAACAACAAUAACAAUAGCAGCUACUGUUUGCUGAAUACAGUCUGUGCUAGACACCAGGCUAUGGGCUUUAUAGGCAAUAUCUCAAUGAAUUCUAACAUCAACCUAUGAGGUAAAUACUAUUAUCCUCAUUUUAUAGAUGAGGCUGAGUAAGGGAAGUGGGAGAAUUGAGGUUGGAUGAAAGCCUGACUCUAAAGCCUAUAUUCUUAACUUUCCUAUCUGAGGGGUUUUCGAGCAGCCAGUUGGAGGAAAGAAAGCCCCACCUGUGUUUACCUUCCCUAGGACCUAUUCUGCCUCCUUGUCUAAAGAGAGGUGCCUGCUCCCAGGUGUGUUUAGCCCCGUGUGGGCUCAGCUGGGUCACCUUGUGCUUUGAAACAAGAUAGCACUGAGGGGCUCCUGCAGCAACUGGCUCCCAGGGCAGACAGGGGCAGAGGCCCACUUCCCUGGCAUUGGGGUGACAGAUGUGGCCCUGGGGCAAGAGAUGACAAAGAUCUUCCAUCAUCACCUCAACAAUUCCAACAUAGUGACAGCCCCAGACUGCUAGAAAAGCCAACCCACAUGGAGGCGAGAUAAAAUCCAGAGGGCCCAGAAAUGUUUCAACAAAUGCUAGUAUCAGUCUCCCCAGUACAGCUCUGUCAGCAGGAAGGGAGAAUUCUGCCAGCAUGCAUGGGGCACACUUUUUGGCACAAGGGACCUUGUUGCUAAGCAGCAGUAGUUGGCCUCCCCUCCUCCCCAUGACCUUUUCCUCUGUUUCUGUGUUUCCAGUUAGCAGAUGGGAGGGGCUGGGGUUGCCUAGCCCAGCCCAGCCCUUGUGCUCCUUUCCUGCAACAAGGGGCCUAUUCAUGGGUCCUGAGCAGGGUUCAUUGUCUCUGUGGCGCGUGUCUGUGUGAGUGUUGGAGUAGGGAUACAGGGAGGGGCCAUGUAUGAACCAGGGAGACCUCAUCUUCCAACCAAGCUUGCUGGGCUAGCUUUAAUCAAUGCUGGCCUGAGAACAGGAGCAGAACGCUGCCUAGUAGACCCUGAGGCUUUACAACAGUGUCACUGACCCUUAUGGUAAGGCUAUGCCUCUAUGCCACCCCUGCUGUGACCUCUCUCCCUUUCUUUCUCUCUCCCUCCUCUGCCCUUGGGAUUCUAGGCUGGUGGAAAGAGCCUCCUGAGGCAGCUCUGGUACAGGGGCUGGAUCCUAGCAGGGGCCCUGUUCGGCCAAUUUCCUGUUUCCUCCCCAGGGACUGCCUUUUAUUCUCCUCUUUUGUCCCUCUUAGACCUAUCAAGUGCUUUGCACAUACGUGGUGCUCAACAAAUCAUUAUUAUGUUGAACUUCCACUCAAAAAGAGGAGCAAGGAGUCCUAUAAUUUUAAAGGCCUUUUUUUUUUUUAGGCUAGCACAUGAGCUUGGGCAGUUGAAUUUUGAGGUGGAGCAGUACAUGAGGUGAGGCCAGUUUAUUCAAAGGCUGGGUUUAAAGCCAAGCUUCCUUGGUACUGAGGCAGGAGAAAAGACUGGCCAUGCCCUAGAAUUCUCUAGAUCAGGCCUGCCUCUCCACUCAGAGGGACAUCAGCUCAAGAGCAAUCACACAACCCCAGAGAAGAAAUCCAAACCUCAUCCUCUGUUGCUGCUUCUCUACUCUCUUAUGGGUGCUUGAUUGGCUCUCCCAAGCCUGCUGUCCUCCAGCUUCGCUGCCUGUGUCCUAUGAGUCUCAUCUCUAGGCACAAGAAAGAAUGUGUGUGGUAUGCAAACCAUGACCUCUGUUUCUCCUGGAAAAGCAAGGCCUGCAGCUCUUGGGAGGUCCAGUCCUAUAGGUUCUGGGCUGUGGUUGGUGUGGGGAAUAGGGAGGUGGGGCUGGUAGCUCAUUCUAUAGGCAAGGUGUUGGGGCUGCUGCCCUGGCUGUGAGCUGAACUGGCAUGGGUGCUUUGGGUCCAGUGGAAUGAUUUUCGGGACAAUUUGGAGGUGACUGACCUAGGUGAGUCUGACAAAGGCUUUCCUUCCUCCUGCCGGAGGGUUAGGAAGACUAGAUCAGUGGAGUAGGAAGGCAUGACUGGGGAGGUUUUGGUGUGAAAAGAACAUUUCAUGCGACACAUGAAAAUCACAUUUAAGCCAAUGCUGUCUUGGAGUCAGGCUUUUAUUCUCAUUGGGUACAACCCUAUGUGUUGACAGGGAAAGACGCAGGGGAGACGGGAGUCUGCAGGGAAACGGGAGUUGCUUCAGUUUUGAGAGAUUUUAUCUACCCUACUGGAUUAUAAAUUUUGGGGGGAAGGAUCCACAGCUUAUGUGUAGUUCUUAUUAAUAUUAUUAUACUUAACAUUUGUAUUGGGCUUUACAAUUUAUAAAGCCAUGUUAAUUCACGUUUUGUUAUUUGUACCUCCCUCUCUCCCUCCCUCCCUGUUUCCCAUCUUUCCUUCCCUCCUUUAAUGUGCUUUAACUGAAUUCCCACUUCGUACCAGGCUCUGUGCUUAGCCCUGGGAUGCAAAAACCAGUGAGGAAGGAGAGAGAAGGAAGUAAAUGAGCACAAUAUAGGGCCCAACAGGUGCUGUAUGCAUUGAAGGAAGCUUCCUGGAGAAGUGACGUCUAUGCUGAGUCUUGAAGGAGCCUGAUGCUGGAUGACCAAGCCCCUGCGGAGGCCCAGUAUGCAGAGGAGGGCCCAGGAUCUGGGAUCUUCAGAGCAGAGCCUGGAGACCAGCAGCAUCCCAUUUCUCAGGUGGUGUGCUGGCGUUCCAUGCGACGAGGCUGUGCAGUGCUGGGAGCCCUGGGGCUGCUGGCCGGUGUGGGUGUCGGCUCCUGGCUCCUAGUGCUGUACCUGUGUCCUGCGGCCUCUCAGCCCAUUUCUGGAACCUUGCAGGAUGAGGAGAUAACUUUGAGCUGCUCCGAGGCUGGUGGUGAGGAAGCUCUGCUCCCUGCACUUCCCAAAACAGUAUCUUUCAGAAUAAACAGCGAAGACUUCUUGCUGGAAGUGCAAGUGAGGGAUCGGCCACGCUGGCUCCUGGUCUGCCAUGAGGGCUGGAGCCCCGCCCUGGGGCUACAGGUCUGCUGGAGCCUUGGGUAUCUCAGACUCACUCACCACAAGGGAGUAAACCUCACUGACAUCAAACUCAACAGCUCCCAGGAGUUUGCUCAGCUCUCUCCUAGACUGGAAGGCUUCCUGGAGGAGGUGUGGCAGCCCAGGAACAACUGCACUUCUGGUCAAGUUGUUUCCCUCAGAUGCUCUGAGUGUGGAGCGAGGCCCCUGGCUUCCCGGAUAGUCGGCGGGCAGGCUGUGGCUCCUGGGCGGUGGCCGUGGCAGGCCAGUGUGGCCCUGGGCUUCCGGCACACAUGUGGGGGCUCUGUGCUGGCGCCACACUGGGUGGUGACUGCUGCACACUGUAUGCACAGUUUCAGGCUGUCCCGCCUGUCCAGCUGGCGGGUGCAUGCGGGGCUGGUCAGCCACAGUGCCGUCAGGCCCCACCAGGGGGCUGUGGUGGAGAGGAUUAUCCCACACCCCCUCUACAGCGCCCAGAAUCAUGACUACGACGUCGCCCUCCUGCGGCUCCGGACCCCUCUCAACUUCUCAGACACUGUGGGUGCUGUGUGCCUGCCGGCCAAGGAGCAGCAUUUUCCGAAGGGCUCCCAGUGCUGGGUGUCUGGCUGGGGCCACACCGACUCCAGCCAUACUUACAGCUCGGACAUGCUCCAGGACACGGUGGUGCCCCUGCUCAGCACUCAGCUCUGCAACAGCUCCUGCGUGUACAGUGGAGCCUUCACCCCCCGCAUGCUUUGUGCUGGCUACCUGGACGGAAGAGCUGAUGCAUGCCAGGGAGAUAGCGGGGGCCCCCUGGUGUGCCCAGAUGGGGACACUUGGCGCCUGGUGGGGGUGGUCAGCUGGGGGCUUGGCUGCGCAGAGCCCAAUCACCCAGGUGUCUACGCCAAGGUAGCUGAGUUUCUGGACUGGAUCCAUGACACUGUUCAGGUGAGUGUGGGGGCAGAAGUAGGACAGGGAGGUUUCUAAAGGACCUGCCCCUCCAAUGCAAGGAACCUUACCCCUUAGGCCCAGGUCCUGCUGGGGGCUGGGGAGGGGACUAGGACAUGUUCUCCAGAGUGGGUGGAGGAAGAAGUGAAGCUUAAGCAUUGAAUCCACUGGAUUUCUAUCAAUUUAAGGAUAAACUGGGUAAGAGUAGCCCUGAGUUUGUAUCCUAGAUCUACCUUUUCCUGUGUCGACCUUCGGCAAGUUUUGAACUUUGGUAAACCUUAGUUUCCUGAUGAUAACCAUCAUGGCCGCUUAUAUGCUAUUGUUAUAUGCUGUUAAAUAAGACCUGUACAAUGCCUAGCACAGUGCUAGGCUUAGAGUGAGUGAUCUGUAGUACUUUUUGUUUUUUUGAGAUGGAGUUUUGUUCUUGCUGCCCAGGCAGAAGUACAAUGGCACAGUCUC